AUGGCCCCCAUGUUCCUGCUGCUGCUGCUAUGGCUACAGGACUGUGUCUCAGGUCUCCCCGCUGAGAGCGUGUACACCAAAGUGCAGCACCUGGAAGGGGAGACCCUGUCUGUGCAGUGCUCCUACAAGGGCCGCAAAAACCGMGUGGAGGGCAAGGUUUGGUGCAAGGUCAGGAAGAGGAGGUGUGAGCCCGGAUUUGCCCGGGUCUGGGUGAAGGGGCCGCGUUACCUGUUGCAGGACGACGUCCAGGCCAAGGUGGUCAACAUCACCAUGGAGGCCCUCAAGCUCCAGGACUCGGGCCGGUAUUGGUGCAUGCGCAACAGCUCCGGGAUCCUCUACCCCAUGAUGGGCAUCCAGCUGGAAGUGUCUCCAGGGACCACCGGGCCAGCCUCUGUGACCGGCUACAGCUUCAUCAGUACCAGAGCCAUCACCACGGGACCCACAAAGACCACGGGACCCACGAAGACCACGGGACCCCCAUGGGUGACAGUAUCUCCCAGUGAUGCCAGAGUCUCCCCUGCCAUCCCUACAUCCAUCUCCACCACAUCCGGGUACCACAGCAGCCACUCGCCCACCACGGGAAUAUGCCACAACCAAUUACCCUCCUUCAGGCCCCCGGACUCUCACCUCACCGUGCUGCUGGCCAUGCUGACCUUCCUCCUAGCGUCCAUGAUGAUGGUCAUGGUCUAUGGCUUUUGGAAGAAGAGACACAUGGGAAGUUACAGCCUGUGCAAUGAUUCUGCUGGAGCCUGGGCAGAGCCACCAAGAAGACCAGAGCCCCUGUGGAAGCCGGCUGAGUUUGAGACCACUUAA